UCAACGAAUGCAUCAAGUCAAUGGAAGAAAGCCAGCUCGAACGAAGUGCCGUUUCUUCUCUUCUGCUCUUUGGGAUCCUUGGGCAUAAAUUCCUCAGUAAACUCCCCUAUGUUGCAAUCUUUCCUACCUCCAUCCUCUCCAUCUCCUUCCUCCAUCCUCUCCACUCUCCACUCUAAACCCCUCUUGAACACCUUCAUGCUGCCCAUAAGCGCUUUGCUGAACCCUGUGCCUGAGCCAAGUCGGACACCUUCCUCCAGUAUGGCGCCAGUCGAUCCAACCAGCACCGUGGAGGCCGUCGUCCCCAAGCCAGCCCCAGCCCAAUGCAUGAUCAGCGACGCUCCUGGGUUGAAAUCAGGCUCCCCGCAGGGCCCGAUCAACUACCCGCCUUGCGAGUACUACGACGAGGAGCUCUCCGAGAUCUACGCGAAGUAUGAGAUUCGCUUUACGUCCCGUACGCGCCGUAUUCCGUACAAGCCCACGAAGCCCGACUUCUACGAGCGAACGGGACGGAACGAAGUCGAUAUCUAUGGGUACGAGUUCAAGGACCCCACUGACGGCCAAAUGAAGCUCAUCAUAUGGGACUAUACCAAUGGGCUUGUUCGCACGACGGGCAUUUUCAAGUGCCACAAGUCCUGGGGCAAGACCCUUCCGGCGAGAGUGCUCAACAAGAACCGUGGCCUCAGAGAUGUUUCCCACAAGCUCACGGGCGGCGUGAUUGAGUCCCAAGGAUACUACAUGUCAUUUGAAUGCGCCAAAGCCAUAGCCAAAAAGUUCUGCUGGAAUGUGCGAUACGCUCUCACGCCGAUUUUCGGCCCCGACUUCCCCGCGGAAUGUCUGCCGCCGGAUCAUCCCGGAUAUGGUUCGUGGGAGAUUGACCAGCAUAUCAUUCGCGAGGCCGCGGAGGAAGCAAAAGCGCACCGUCGCGCCGCUCUUGCCCACGCCCGGCCUUAUCCCAGUCCCAGCCCGGAUGGCGAUGACGACGAUGAUAUAAGUUCGAAUGGGUACUCCUCGUCGAGCGAUGAAGACAAUCGCCCGCCGUCUACUGCCAGCAAUGGCUGGACACCAGUCAAUGCCCCGCAAAUGCAGUUGACUCCUCCGCCCUCCCCACCAACCCAGAAUCAAUCAACUCCUCAAAGCUCGCAGGCUGAGAGGGAGACCGACGGUUGGGAUCUCGUCCAAAUGGUCCGAGCAGGGUCGUUGUCCUACGACUCUGAUGCCAUGGACGAAGACUCCGAUGGCACCGAGGGGGAAAUGACCGACGGGACCAGUGACGACGAGCGCGUCACGUGGCCACCAAUUGAACACACGAAGGAAGACAUUGUGGCUGCGCAAACCCUGCUGGAAAUGAGAUUCGGAGGCCCAAUCGACGAGAACUAUCCCAUGGUCUGUCCAGCUUGCCACGCAGUGAUCUAUAUCCCGAACCUUAGGCCCGCGAUCGCCCGUUCAGAUGGCUGGCACGCGGGCCACUGAGCUGGCCGGUCUGCCUUGAUGAUCCUCUGUUCCAUGUUUGUUUGCACGUUUCCUAUAAUCUGAUGGCAUGGUAGGGCGUUGGGUUUGGGCGGUUCAUUAGACUGGCGUCGUACUGGUAUGUUUUCUUGUGUCUUUGGUCUUAAUGCUUUGCUCUCAUUGCUAUGUCCUCUUCUCCAGAUUGACCCUUUUUUUCGUUUCUUUUCUUUUUCUUUUCCUUUCUUUUCUCCAAAACUUGAAAACCAUAAAAAAAAGGCACUGAGCGGGAACAGAAUGAGGGGCAAUGACCGACAGGAGAUUUCCUAGUUAGAAUAGUUGUUUAGUUACAGUUCCGCAUGUGCUUAACACAUAGCGAGGAGACAAUAAAAGAGGAGGAGAGAAAAGAC